GUGAAUAAUUGGGAAAUGAAUCAAAGUGUUUCAUUGGCAAUUCUUGUAUGUUGAGAUAGGAUUGUCUUCAUGACAACGCCGCUUAUGGAUCGUCAUACAUUUCGAACCACGAAUGUUUUUUGAGCUAAAACUCUGCUGCUGUGAGUAGUCAAGAACCAACAUGAAACUCGAAUCACCUGUUUUAUCGAUCCUUGGACGAGAUCCAGCAAGAAUCCAUAGGAUCAAUGCGAAUUCAUUCCAACAGCAUGCUCUGACAACAUCAAAUGGCUGGCAAUAUGCCGCGUUUUACACAGACAAGGCGAGUCCUGAUGAACAAAAUGGAAAGUGCUUGGUCAAUCUUGCGCGACGAAAUGUCCUAGGAACAAAAAAGGAUGAACUGUCAGAAUGGUCAAUUAUGACUUUCGAUGACUACGAGCAGAGUGUAGAUGACGGGCAUAAUACCAUUUCUAUUGGCGUAUGCAAAGGAGACGGGACGAUCCAUGUAGCUUUUGAUCACCACUGUAAUGAACUGAAGUUCAGGAUAUCACAUCAGGAAAUAGCUCAUAAACCCUCGAAACAUCAAUGGGACACUUCCAUUUUCAGCAAGACUCAGAACUCAUUACCUGGACUUGAGGUAGAUGAUUUGAUGAAGGAGGUCACAUACCCAGGAUUCGUGAAUAUUGGGAACGAUCUUCUCCUCACCUAUCGGAUUGGCCAAGCAGGUGCAGGGUCAGAUAUUUUGUAUCGUUAUUCAUCUAGCACGCAUCAGUACACAUACCUUGGCCAACACCUCACUGGGAUCUCGAACAACCCAUACGUUAAUGGCAUAGACUACCGUCUAUCUCGUCUCCACAUCUCAUGGUGUUACAGAAACUUCAUCGAAUUUCCAGCUUCUGCAAUACCCGAUGCACAUAAGCAACAAGCUGGUCCCAACGGGCCGGAGAACAACUCUGAUUUCAAUUAUGCAUUCUCAGACGAUGUCGGUCAUACUUGGAGGAAUUCUGAAUGUCAACUCCUGGCUGAUCUUCGAGGCUCGGACGACAAGAGUGUAGAGGUUACAAUUAAACCAGGUGCAAAAGGAGCGAGAGUAUUCGACAUUCCCAUGAAUAGUGGAAUAUUGAAUCAGGAAGGCCAAGCUCUUGACUGGGAUGGUGGGUUUUGGGCGUUGAAUCGAGAAAAAGUUUCUGGUGUAGAGAAGUGGAUGGUAUAUCACCGUGAUCUCAACGGUAAAUGGGCAAAAGUCGUACUUGAGAGCGCGUCGAAGCCUACAGAAAUAGGCGCGAGGGGAAGCAUUUGUGUCGAUAGACAGGAUAACGUCUAUACCAUCCUCCCUGGAAACUCAGACUCGAGUUUGGAAAUCAUGCAAGCCAAAAGAGAGCCUGGACAUGUCAACUUCACGCAGAUUUGGCUGGGUAGCGGUUUCGAUGGGGAACCUCUGGUUGAUGUGCAAAGAUUAGAGAUGUCUGAUAUGUUGUCGAUAUUCACACGUACGAGUAAGGCUGAGAAUGGUGUCAGUGAUGUAGUUGUGUUGGAUUUCAAACUGGGAGGAGAGUAGUACUCAUCUAGGAUCUCGAGGGAGUCCAAUGAGUGACUGAAUUACCAAGUGAUUGGAGGUGGUAAUAAAGCUUUAG